GGUAAUCGACGGAGCAACCACUCACUUCAGCAACAUCGCAGUGCUAUCUUAUGCAAAAUCAUCGACGAAGCUACCAUUCACUUCGGAAACAUCACAGUAUUAUCGACGGAGCUACCACCCACUUCGCAACAUCGCGCCACUAUCCACGCCGGCAAUAGCUACUACCCACGGUUACCUUAUGCGGGAUCGACGUAGCUACAUCACGGUGUUACCUUACGCGAGGAUAUCGACAGAGCUACCACCCACUCGCAAGAUACAACAUCGCAGUGUUGCCUUACGCAAAGUCAUCGACGUAGCUAGUCGGACCGGACAACAUCGCAGUGUUGCCUUACACAAAGUCAUCGACAUAGCUACCACGCAUUUACGCGAGGAUAUUGAUGGAGCUACCACCCACUCGCAAGAUAGCACCUUAUGCGGGAUCAUCGACGGACCGGGCAACAUCGCAGUGUUACCGCACGCAGGUGUUGCCUUACGCAAAGUCAUCGACGUAGCUACCACACAUUUACGCGAGGAUAUUGACGGAGCUACUACCCACUCGCAAGAUAGCUACUGCCCAUGGGUUAUCGAAGGAGCUACCACUCAUUUCGGGCAACAUCGCGGUGUUGCCAGCUACCCCACUUCGGACAAUGUCAUGGUCAUCGACGGAGAAGACAGUGCCUAUUACGAAACAUGUUUUUCCAAUAAAAUAAAUGCCCCUGUCGAUCGUUGA